CAAAAAGCAGCCGAUGUGUUCACUGAUCUUUAUCAGGGGCAAAAUUAAACAGUGAGCCAGUUGCCAGAAGAAACCUCAGAGAUGUCGUCACCACAAGCCAAGAGGCCAGAGGUUUCUCUGUGUGAUGCUGUUUCAGAAAGUGAAAGUGCUGCCAAACCACACAAACAAGACAUGAGGAGGAGGAGGGAGACACGACCAAGCCCAUUCAAAGUGCCAGAUGACAACAGCAUUUUUCUACUGAGUGCAAAUGAAAAAGAGGACCAGAAAGAGGAGAUACGUAAAUUCCUGGCUCUGCCAAUUGAUAAGAAGACGACCCACGCUGCGCGAAUGAUGGCCAAGAUAAAGAAAGAGCUGGUGGGAGAACUGGAGGAGGAGGAGGAGGAGGAGGAGGAGGAGGAGGAAAGGCAGAAGAUGAAGAAUCUAAAACAAAUAAAGGCUAAACCAACUUUCCUAAAGCAAACACCAGGCAGACAGGAGCUGAAGAUCGCCAUGAUGAAACGAGAAAACAUUUCAAAAGACAGCAAACAUGACCUGAUCUUCAUGGAACGACAGAAGGCAGUGUUGGAGUUAUCUCUGAUGACAAAGAGGAAUGAGAUUUUGAAGAUGGACAAGGCCAUAGCGAAGGAGAACAGGCAGCUGAAACAGCUUGAAAAGAUCAUUGAGAGAGACAACCUCAGCUUUGAAGACUUCCUCAGGGAGAACGAGAAGAAGUCUGUGGAGGCCAGAACCUUUUUUGAACGAGAGGCCAAGUCCAAACAGGAGAAGAACUCUGAGAUCAAGAAACUGACUGCUGAAAUAGGGACCAUAAAAAGUGAACUCAUCAAGUUUGAAGAAAUCCUGGUGGACCACAAGAGGUACAAGGAGCUGCUGUUCAAACUGUCUCCUCCAGAGUGGCAGGAGGCCCAGAGAGUGAAGGCUGCGAAAACUAAAGUCCUGUCUGACAAAGACACACGGGACAAACAGGAGCUGAAGGACUCUGCAACUAGGAACGGUUUGGAGGGUGACGUGUCAAGUUCAGGUAGAGAGCUGCCAUCCGUCAGAGCGAUGAAGUUGUCGUCAGCCCACAGCGACACACUGAUCGCAAAUCCCGAUCAGGAUGGUGAUAGCUCAGAGUAUGAGGAUGAGCCAGAGCUGUACUUCUCUGAUCCCCAACAGCUCUUAGAUCUGGUGACUGAGCUGACGGAGCAGAACUUGUCCCUGAUCCAGAACUCGACAAGGGUGGAGGAGAUGGUGGAGGAGCUCCGACAGUCUAUGGUCACAGCCAGGGAGAAGAUUGAAAAGGAUGAAGAGCAGCUAACACUGCAGAUCAAUUACAUCCACCAGAGAAUCAACAAAGAGAAGGAGAGAGGCAACAGGCUCAAACAUAAGGUUCAGCUUCAUGUGUCAUUGAACACUGAGGACCAGGAUGUGAUGCUGAAUGCUCUUGGCGAGAAGGUAGCAGAGGUGCAUCGCAGCUGUGUGGACGACAGGAUGACCAACCUUAGCACCUUGGAAAAGCUGGCCACUAUUGAGAACCAUCUGUCUGUACUGCUGCAGAGCAUCGAGAGCAUCCCUGAAGAAAGCUUGGCCAUGAUGAAGAAGAUAAAGGACAGCGAGAGGAGGACCAGGGAGCGUGAAGAAAAACUGAUAGAGCAGAGAGAGAAGCAGAAAGAAAGGAUGAGGAGGUAUAUGGAGCGAUCCCUCGCUGACUCCAAGAAAAUAAGUGGGAGAAAGCUCAUGCCUAGAUGUAUGCCUGUUACCCAGAAAGUCAAAGUCAGCAACGUGGACAACAUCCCCGCUGAGGACGAGCUCCAUGCCUACCUCUUCACUGCUGAGGAGUGAGGAGUCAAAUGUGAUGAAGACAUAGAAUGACUACAUCCACAGAAUCAA